UUUCUUUUGCAUCGUUGGAACAUGGCGGCAAACCCGGCCCAAAUGGCGCAGCUUGCGCAGCUGCUGACACAAACAGUUGCUGGGAAUAUGGAGGCCAUGAGAGGUGCGGAGCAGCAGUUGCGAGCAGCAGAAGUGCAGCCAGGAUUUGGCCUGGUUUUGCUGGAACUCCUGCGUUCUGGCAGCGUGGAUGCUUCUGCCAGGCAAGCUGGGGCAAUUUAUUUCAAGAAUUACAUAAAGCGGCAGUGGUGUGUCGAGGGUGCCGGCGGUGGCAUAUCAUCGUCUGACCGACAGGCGAUCAAACAACACAUCCUCUCCUUGAUGCUCCAAGCACCAAAACAGGUGCAGGUGCAGCUUUCGGCUGGGCUUGAGGAGAUUUCGAUCACUGACUACCCAGCAGAGUGGCAGUCGCUGCUACCUGAGAUGGUUCAGCAUUUGAAGACAUCUCAGGACAUGGCUGUCCUGAAGGGAACCAUGCAGACAGCUCAUACAGUCUUCCUGAAGUUCAGAGCCCAGGCAAGAUCUGAAGACUUGCUGCGGGAAGUCAAGUACACGGUCACUGGAUUUCAAGAAACCCACUUGGCCGUGUUCACUGCGACUUGCACGCGGGUCUUGGGUGGACUGCCGGCUGAUCAGUUAGUGGCUCAUUUUGAGCUUCUGCUGGCAACCAUAGGAGCUUUUUUCUCUCUCAAUGUGAUCGACCUUCCUGAGUUCUUUGAGGAUCACAGAGAGGAGUACUUCAGGGGCUUUUUGGAGCUUCUGAAAUUUCAGCACGAGGCUGUGGCUGGUCAAGGUCAACAAGGGCUACUUGAACAGGUCAAGGGGGCCAUUUGCGAAUGCUUCGUGCUGUAUGCAGAAAAGUACCAAGAAGAGUUCAUGCCGUUCCUACUCCGCUGUGUACAGGAGGUAUGGACUCUCUUGGUUGGAUUGGACCAGCAGGAGAAAAAUGACCAGCUGGUUGCCAAAGGCAUCCAAUUCUUGUCGUCCACAGCAGCUACUCAGUGGCCCCAGUCUCCCUUUGAGGAUCCCAAUGUCUUGUCCGGCAUCUGCGAGAAGGUGGUGUUUCCCAACGUUCUGCUGCGUGAUUCGGAUGUCGAGCUCUUCGAAGACAAUCCUUUGGAGUAUGUGCGACGCGACAUGGAAGCAGCUGACCAGGAAACUCGGCGGCGAAGCUCCAUGGACCUAGUGAAGGCGAUGGGCCGGGUCAACGAAGCCAAGGUCACUGAGAUCCUCAUAGGCUACGUCAAAGCAUUGAUGGAGAAGGCAUCACAAGCUGCUGCUGGACAGGCAGAGCGUUUCAAGGAUGCCUGCAUUUUUCUGUGUAUCGCCAUGGCGGUGCGGGAGCAAACCCAGAGAGAAGGAGUGACUGCGACGAAUCAGAACGUCAAUGUGUUAGACUUCUUCUCAUCCCUGGUGGUUCCAGAGUUGACCUCGGAACCGUUGUCACAACGGCCUGUGCUUCGAGCAUCAUGCCUAAAGUUUGUGACAGUCUUCAGGAAUCAGCUUCCCAGGGAGCAAAUCAGCCAGCUUCUACCUGCGAUCUGCAAACACAUCACAGCAGAAAGUGCCGUGGUGCACACCUAUGCAGCCAUCUGCAUCGAGAAGCUGCUGCGAGUCAAGGACAAAACUCCGCAGGGACAGGUGGCACCGCGCUACGACCCAGUGUCCAUGAAGGGGCCAUUGCUGCAGAUGGUGCAGCCUAUCCUGCAGAUUAUUGCUGCUAGCAAGGGCAUUCCCAUGAACGAGUACCUCAUGAGGACUGUGGCAAGAAUAUUUGCUUUCCUCAAGCAGCAGGGGGCAGAGACCGGCCUAGCAAUGCUGGGCCCUCUCUCGGCCAUCCUCAUUGCAAUGGCUGCAAACCCUUCCAAUCCAGUUUUCAACCACAACCUCUUCGAGGCAGUGGCUUCCAUUGUGAAGGUUUGCGUUCCUACGCAACCUGACACUGUUGAGAAUACCCUGCUGCCACCUUUUGGGCAGAUCUUGGAGAGGAAUGUGGUGGACUUUUUGCCGUAUACAUUCCAGAUCAUGGGUCUCCUUCUUGACGCUUCUCCCAGCGUGAAGCCGCUCUACACACAGCUUUUUGCAAGGCUUCUGACCCCAGAGCUUUGGCGAGCCCAGGCAAAUGUGCCGGGACUCAUAAGACUCUUGCGUGCUUACUUCACCAAGCAUGCCUGUUUUGCAGAGCUGCUGAGGUCAAACAUGCAGGCAAUUCUGGAAAGGUUCCAAUUCGUCCUGAUGAAUCGGAAGACCGAGGUUGCAGCACUGGAUUUGCUGAAUGCGAUGUAUCAGUACUUGCCCAUUGAAUUUUAUCAGCAGUUUCUGAAGACGCUUAUCACAGUUUUGUUGACUAGACUGCAAAGCAGCAAGUCACCAAAGUUCAAGCGGGACUUUGUUGUCUCGUGCUCGCUUUGCAUACACAAAAAUCAGUCAGUGAUAGCACUGUUCAACGAAAUCCAGGCCGGCCUAUUGAGCAAUCUUCUGCUCAACGUGUGGCCGGCUGUGCUCAAGAUGCCUUUGCGGACUGACGAGCGAAAGGUUUGUGUGAUGGCGCUGGCCAAGCUGUUUUCAGUAGAAGAGCUGAGACAGAACACGCCGCUCGUUGGCGCUUGCUCCCUUGGUUUGAUACACUUGUUGGGAUUGGCUUCAAGUGGCAAGACCAAGCAGAAUGGCGAAGAAGGUUCCGAUGAGGAGCUGGAGAAUGGCGCUGGUCAAGAGUACGAGGUGAGCUUUAACAAGCUUCGGAAUACGGAUCUGCCGGGCGCCGCUGCUGGACUGGCACCAGAUGUGCCCGAUCUGCAUUCCGCAGCGAAAGCAUCGUUGAAGCCGCUGGGCCCGGUGCUACUGCAGCUGGCAGCAGCCACCCCAGAGCUGCAGCCUUUGGCGGUUUUUCUGCAAUAGGCAGCAUGCCGUGUCAUGUUUCUCUUAGUUAGGCUUGCUGGAUGUGUGAUUGCCUACAGUGGGC